AUGGGCACUGCAAUAAGGGCAGCCUAUCAUGAUGCUGUGCCUUGGCAGUUCCUGACGAAGCCGGGCACAAAGGUCCGCAGGUGCCGUUUGGAAGAGCUCUCGCUGCUGCGUGGCCUCAGGGACGGGCUGGAGUGCAUUGCAGGGCAGGCACUGCUUCUUAAUUAUCGCAUUAUCCUACCUGCACGCAUUUUGGCUACCCUUCACACGCUGCACCCAAAGAUUAUGAAUGACACACCCCUGCGGUUGGGAGCCCUGCCGAGUUCCAGCGGGACGAAGAAAAGGACGGGGACGGAUCCCCCGCUCCCGGCCAGGCCCCGCGGGGGGAGCCUCCCGCGGGCCCUGCGGCCGUUCUCGCGAGGUUUCCGCGCGGCUGCGGGCGCCGGCUCCGUGCGCUCGGGGCGGGAGGCGGGGCCGGGCCGGGCCGGCGGCCGCGACGCGCGGCUCAUGGACCCGCCGCUGCUGCAGGAGUCGCCGCGCCGCGACACGGCCGCUCCGCCGAACCCGCCGGUGCCGCUGCCUUCUCCGCCGUCCCCGCUGCCGCCGCCGCUUCACCCGGCGCCGGGGAAACAGCGGGAGGAGAAGAAAACGGCGCUGAGCAAAGUGGUUAUUCGAAGGCUUCCUCCUUGUCUAACCAAGGAGCAACUGGAGGAACAGCUGCAUCCUCUACCUGCCCAUGAUUAUUUUGAGUUUUGCACUGCUGAUCCCAGCCUUUAUCCUCAUCUCUACUCAAGAGCAUACAUUAACUUUAGAAAUCCUGAGGACAUCCUUCUUUUUAGAGAUCGCUUUGAUGGCUAUGUCUUCAUUGAUAAUAAAGGUUUGGAAUAUCCUGCAGUGGUUGAGUUUGCUCCAUUUCAGAAGAUUUCAAAAAAGAAGCUGAAGAAGAAAGAUGCCAAAGCUGGGAGCAUUGAAGAUGACCCAGAAUAUAGGAAAUUUUUAGAGAAUUAUUGUGCUGAUGAAGACAAGAUCUGUGCCAAUCCUGAGAUUCUUUUGGGAGAGAUUGAGGCCAAAACAAGGGAACUAAUUGCUAGAAGAACAACACCCCUUUUGGAAUAUAUUAAAAAUAGAAAAUUAGAAAAGCAGAGAAUACGAGAAGAGAAAAGAGAAGAACGAAGGCGGAGAGAAUUGGAGAAGAAACGUUUGCGGGAGGAAGAGAAAAGGAAGCGCAGGGAAGAAGAAAGACGUAAAAGAAAAGAAGUGGAGAAGCAAAAGAAGAUUUCUGAAAAAGAAAUAAGGAUCAAGCUUCUCAAGAAGCCUGAAAAAGGAGAUGAACUGGCCAGUGAAAAGCACAAGGAAAAAGGUGAAGAAGCUGACAUUGAGGAAAACAAAUGGGAUAAAUCACCUGGAUCUGGGAGCAUAAAAUCAAAAUCUUUGGAGAGUUCACUGAAAGAACUUAAAGAUAAGUCACAAAAUGAUAGUGACAAAGAGCAAAGAGAUUUGGAGAGAAGAUUUCGAGAAAAAGAACCUGAAAGGCAAAGGUAUCGAUUGGAUGAUGGCAGAAAGCAUAGAACUCACUAUGAAUUUGACAAGUUUAUGAGAAGGAAUGAAGAAGAGCUGAAAUGGGGGAAAGGAUACAACCAAGACAGAGGAAAGAAAGGGAACUACAACUACAGCUUCACUGUGGAGGCAGUAGACAAACUGGGUAAAGAGGACAAGUGUGAUGACAUGGCAUCCAAAAAGGAGCGCAUAAGAAAUAAGGAUCGUCCAGCCAUGCAGUUGUAUCAGCCAGGAGCUCGCAUCCGAACACAUAUGGGACCUACAAGUAAAACCUACGACUGCAGUGGGAAAUCCUUUGAAGAUGCUCUUGAUAAAAAGUAUGAGGCAGAUAAUUCAGCUGGAGCUAGUUCUGAAAGGACUGAAGAAGCAGAAUAA